AUGGCGCGCGGACGACGCGAGGAUGGCGCGGAUGCGUCCGCGACGACGUCUGCGCCGAAACGAGAGCUUUACGAAGUGCUCGGGCUGGAGAAGUCGCCGAAAAUCACGGGCGCGGACGUGCGCAAGGCGUAUCACAAGUUGGCGAAAUUGAACCACCCGGACAAGGUGUCGGGCGACGACGCGGCGAAGGAGGCGGCGAAGAUGCGAUUCCAAGAGAUUGGACACGCGUAUAGCGUGCUUUCUGAUCCUGAACAAAGGAAAGAGUACGAUGACAUCGGGAUGAAGAUGUUUGAGGAGCCGGGGGUGUAUGAUCACUUUGAGGCGGAGCAAGCGAGGAUGAUGUAUUGCGAGGCGCUCGGGAUUCGAGAGUGCGUGGUGCGGGAAUUGUGGUGCGAUUUAGAAGAGUUGUACAGUGGAUGUGUGCGACGAGAGGGGGUUAUGGUGCUUGGGGUAGAUGAACGAACGCGUAAGGUGGUGCAGAAGAGUCACGUUUUCACCGUGCGAGUGCACAGGGGUUGGCGAGAGGGGUUUGAGUUGAAGUUCACGCCGAGCGGGAACGAUUUGCAGUCCGUGAUGUUUGUCAUUCGCGAACGACCGCACGCGAGGUUUGAUCGCGUUAACGAUGGCUCUGACAUCGCCACGUGGGUCGCGCUCGAGCCACGGCAAGCGGUGAACGGAUGCGUCAUCACUACCCGCAGCAUCAGCGGCAGGGAAAUUAAGCUCGCAGUCAAACCGAAUUCGCACACGAUUCGCAAAGGAGAGGAGAAAGUCAUAAAAGGCGAAGGUUUCCACAAACCAGGGACAAACGAGCGAGGGGAUAUGAUCAUUUAUUUUCGAGUGAUGAAUAAAGUCGAGGCUUACUUGAUGCAAGGCACCGGUUGGCGUAUGAAAUGGGUAAAGCGCAUCGCCAUAGGCUUGAGCGUUUGGAUCGCGCUCAACUUGGCUGGCGAAAUCCUCAUCUACUUCCUCGAAGAUAUGCUGUUGUUGUCGAACAUUCCUGACGAGUUCCUACUUGACCAGUUCCCAGCGCAUUACGGAGAAUUCGAUACCUCCGCAUGGUGGCCGAAAGUGAAAAUUCCCGAAGCGCUCGUCUCAGAGCAUUUUAGAGUCUCGACAAGCGGCGGUUUCCCCCACUAUCACAUGUCCGAUGUACCAUCUCGUGCGUUGUUGCGAGCGAUCGUUCAGGGCGGGGUUUUAACGAGACCUAGACGAUAG